AUGUUAGAAGAUUGGAAGCUCGCGAAUGUUCCAUGUUCCAACGUGCAAGCUGCGCCUACUGCUAAUCAUAUUACAACAGCUGCUCACGUAACUCCUACUGUCACGACUACUGUUCAGGUUCGUUGGCAGCCUCCUGCGCAAGGUCAAAUGAAAUGUAAUAUUGACGCCGUGUUUUCAAACCAUCAUAACAAAACCGACAUUGGUAUUUGUAUUCGAGAUGAAGGUGGUGUGUUUGUACUGGCCAAAACAAUCAGCUUUGUUGGUGUUUACUUCGUUGAUAUUGGCGAGGCUUUGGGUCUCUAUCACGCCUUGCAAUGGGUUAGCGACAUGCAACUCGACAAUAUCGACUUUGAAGUUGAUUCCAAAACCACGAAAGUUGGCAUUUACUCAGGUAGGGAAGACAUCUCUGAAUUAGGUAAUAUUAUAAUGGCUUCCCGGUUCUUCUCUCUUCCAAGUUCAACAACUCUCGGGUGGAGUUUGCUAGGAGACAAGCAAAUGUGA